AUGUAUUGUGGAGAUUAUACACAAGGAACGAUUUUUCCUGCUCCAAAUUUUAACCCUAUAAUGGAUGCCCAGUUGCUAGGAGGAGCCCUACAGGGAAUUAGUUGUGAAAAGGAUGUGUUGAUUGAAAUCCUAACUCAGCGUUGCAACUCCCAGCGGCUCAUGAUUGCAGAGGCGUACAGAGACAUGUACGGCAGGGAUCUGAUAACAGACCUAAAAGAGAAUCUCUCUCAUCACUUUAAAGAAGUUAUGGUUGGCUUGAUGUAUCCACCUGCCUCCUAUGACGCCCACGAGCUUUGGCAUGCCUUGAAGGGAGUAGACACAGAAGAAAAAUGUCUAAUUGACAUAUUAGCCUCAAGAUCAAACAUGGAGAUCUUCCAGAUUAAAGAAGCCUACCUAAUGCAAUAUAAUACUGAUCUUCAACAAGAUAUCGAUUCUGAGACUUCAGGUCACUUCAGAGAUACACUCAUGAACCUUGCUCAGGGAACAAGGAUGGAAGGAUAUGCAGACCCUUCUGCAGCUGCUCAGGAUGCAAUGAUUCUAUGGGAGGCAUGUCAGCAGAAGACAGGCGAACACAAAAAUAUGCUGCAAAUGAUUCUCUGCAACAGGAGUCACCAGCAGUUGUGGAUGGUUUUCCAGGAGUUCCAAAAUAUCUCUGGGCAAGACAUAGUAGAUGCCAUUAACGAAUGUUACGAUGGAUACUUUCAAGAAUUACUGGUUGCAAUAGUUCUCUGCAUUCGUGACAAGCCUUCCUACUUUGCUUACAGGCUUUAUAAUGCAAUUCAUGACUUUGGGUUUCACAAUAAAACAGUUAUUAGGAUUCUCAUUGCCAGGAGUGAGAUAGACUUGAUGAACAUACGCCAGCGAUACAAAGAGAGAUAUGGGAAAUCACUCUUCCAUGACAUCAAACAUUUUGCUUCAGGGCAUUACGAGAGUGCUUUACUUGCAAUCUGUGCUGGUGAUACAGAAGAUUAUUAAGAGGAUGAACUCUGAAGGCUGUGCAAACCUAUUUUAAAUAGAAAUUGAAGCUAUAUGCAAUGCUCUAACUGUAAGAGAUCUCUAUUUUACAUAACAGAACA